AUGAGGCAACGUUCUCUAAAGUUAUUUGCGAUAGGACUCUGUUUAAAUUCUAUUAAUGGACCAAAUUUAGAAAAAUUACGCGUAAUGGGCGUUUUGCAAAGAUUUGGUAUUGCAUAUUUAGUUUGUGGAAUUGUACAUACGAUCUUUUGCAAAAGAGAUCAAAUACUUAUGCCACAGGUACCUUGGAAACGUACACUUUACGAUUUGAUCUUACUACGUGGAGAAUUUAUUACAAUGUUAACUCUGAUCGUUAUCUAUUUAGGCAUAUCUUUUGGUCUUUAUGUACCAAAUUGUCCAAGAGGAUAUUUGGGACCAGGCGGAAAACAUGACAAUGCAGCUUAUGUCACUUGUAUAGGUGGGGCUACAGGUUAUAUAGAUUUGCAGAUUUUAGGUGAUUCACAUAUUUACCAACAUCCAACAGCAAAAUAUAUUUAUGAUUCACAGGCAUUUGAUCCAGAAGGUUUAUUCGGUUGCUUAUUAACGGUUGUACAAGUACUUUUUGGUGUGUUAGCAGGCGUUAUUAUAUUAGUACAUAAUGCUUGGUACUCACGUAUUAAUCGUUGGUUACUUUGGUCGAUAUGUUUGGCUUUGUUAGGUGGUGCCUUAUGUGCUUUUACCAAGGAGGAUGGACUCAUACCAAUUAAUAAAAAUUUAUGGUCAUUGUCUUUUGUAUUCAUCACAUCAUCACUUGCUUUUGUUAUGUUGAGCGUAUUUUAUUUCAUUAUUGAUAUAAAACAUUGGUGGACUGGUUUUCCAUUUGUUGAAGCAGGUAAAAAUGCUAUUAUUAUGUAUGUGGGCCAUACGAUAAUGCACAAAUUGUUACCUUGGCAUUGGCGUAUUGGUGCCAUGAAUACACAUUUUGUUCUCUUGUUGGAAUCAGUUUGGAAUACCUUAUUGUGGAUAGCAAUAGCAUUAUAUUUAAACCAUAAAAAGUUUUAUUACAGUUUGUAA